AUGUUUAGCCCUUUGAAGACGGCAGUGAAAAGAAGACAUGGCUCUGAACGUAAUUCGGAUUCGGAAUCGUUGUCAACGUUGAAUGAUGCGCCACCGAGGGCUGCAGCUGGUAUGGGACUAUCGUCCUCGUCGUUCAAUCCCACUCCCGUCAAACCAAUCACACCAUCUCAAACUGGUGGUCGUGUACGGCGUUCGACCAUUCCCGAUCGUCCCGAUCUUCCCAUCAAUCUCUGGUCAAUAAUGAAGAACUGUAUAGGAAAAGAAUUGUCAAAGAUUCCUAUGCCGGUGAACUUCAGCGAACCAUUAUCGGUGCUGCAGAGAAUUACGGAAGAUCUGGAGUAUGCGUCUCUACUGGAAACCGCUUCCACUUUGGUGAGU